GAAAAUUCGUUGUAACCUAAAAAGGAAACAAAAUAAACGAUUUUUUUCAAAAAAGAAAAAAAAAAACGCCAUUGUUAACUGCUGCAACUUCUUCAUUUCUUCACUAUCACUUUCAAGCUCUUCAGUUCUUUAUUUUCAAAUUCUUUGAAUUUUAGAAGAAAAAAAAAAGUGAAAGAAAAUGUUUGAGCCGCAACAUUUGUUAGAUUUACAAGAAAAUUCAGGUUUUGGAACUUGGCUUUCAGGGGAUAACAGUAACUCGUCCCCGACUCACCGUCGAGUUGAGUCCUCACUCGUUCAUUCAGCUCCUGGCGAUGUGGAUCGUGUCCUCUACAAGGAUCUCGUUGAGAUGAUCCCUCUUGUUCAGUCCCUCAUUGUAAUCUUUCCCUCUUUUUUUACUGAGCGUAAAGCAAAUAGUUCAUUUACAAGGCGUGGAUCGAUGAUAUAUACCAAGACACCUUCAAGGGAAUCCCUAUCUCGUAAAACUACGGAUGUAAAAGGAAGGAAUGCAGGUUUGGCUAUUCCAGUGAAAAAGAAAAAGGAUCAAGUAGACAAGAUUGGUGAUAGUUUACCAAUCUUUUCCUCGAGGGAUUUGAUAGCAGAAAAGGAAAAUGAGGAGUUAAUUGCACUGAGAGGACAAGUGGAGGAUCUGCAAAAGAAGUUGUUGGAGAAAGAGGACCUUCUAAAAUCUGCAGAGAUUUCAAAGAACCAUAUUAAUGAUGUUCAAGCAGAACUUGAGCAACUGAAUCGACAUGCUGCAGAAAAGGACUCUUUAAUCAAGUCCAUUCAGCUGCAACUCUCUGAUGCUAAGAUUAAGCUAGCAGACAAGCAGGCGGCCUUAGAAAAGACACAAUGGGAAGCAAUGACAUCUAAACAAAAGUUGGAGAAGCUGCAAAAUGAUAUAGACUCCAUGCAAGGGGAAUUUUCAUCAUUUAUGCUGUUAUUAAAUGGCUUGACAAAGAAAAAUCGCACCGCAUAUGCUGAAGAUUAUGAUGUAGCACCAUACCAUUCGGAUCAUUUCCCUCACCUGGAUGAUGUAGAUGACAAGGAGAUGCCGAAAAUGGAAGAAGCAAGGCAAGCUUACGUCGCUGCUCUCGAUGCUGCCAAAGAGAAGCAAGACGAAGAAUCCCUUGCUGCUGCAGCCAGUGCAAGGCUACAUCUUCAAUCCUUUCUUUUCAAAUCCGAAGGUGCGUAAGAAAAGUGAUAUAAAUAUUUCAUAAGUUCGAAGCAUUUUUUCAAACGAACUUAUUGAUGCAUUGGCAUUACCAAAGUUUACUUAUUAUAUAUGUCACUAUUGUAUGCUUGUAUGGUUUCUUUUUGUGUUCUUUAUUGUCUAGUAAAAGUCCAUGGAUGUUUCAUAUGCACAAGUAAAAUCUCUAUGGAGCAGCCUGAGUUCGGUAUCAGAUUUUCCGAAAACCUGUGUUGAAUCAUCUUAUGUUGCUUCAACUCUUUGUUUUUCUUCUUUUUUUUUGAAAGAAUGAACAUACAAAUAUCGAAUA